CAGAGUGAAGGCAGGGGCACGAGGGGCACAGAAUGGGUGCCAGGAGCGAGCAACGUGGGGCCCUCGGUUGAAGCUCCCUCACCGGUCCCCCCUUCCGUGGGGUCCUCCCGGCCAGGAGAGGUGCCCCAGCGGCGCAGCCCCACCAGGCCUGACCUUGAGCGAGGCCAGUCUGGCUUCCGGCCACGAGACUGGAUCUGAAAUGGUGGAGAAAUGCUGGUAUUUCCCGGCUGACGUGGAAGGGAUCAGGUUACCUUCUGGUCCCGCGGGCGGAGCGGGCUCUCCUAGGAACGGGUGGCAAGGAGCGGGGACUGAGGGAAGGGCCCCAGCCGGCAGGCCGACGGGGUACUGGGCGGAGCGCGGCCGGCAGCUCGGGACCGACCGGAGAGGGAGGCCGGGACGUGGAGCUGGUGGGGGGUGGCCGGCGCCAGACCGCCCGGGCCGGGGGCGGGGCAGACGCUGCGCGGGAACCAGGGGCCGGAGAAGGGGGCGGGGGGCCCCGUCCCGGAGGCGGGGCGGGUGACCUCUGAGCCGCAGGGAGCAGAUCGGGGCCGGGCGGGGGCAUUUCUGGGCGCGACGGAGGAAGCCCACCGCGGCCCCGACGCCAGAGCCAGAGCGCCAGGCCCCCGGGGUCCCCUCCCCUCUGAUUUCGUCCCCGCCCCUCUCCCCCCUGCUUCUCCCUCCCCGGCCCUGCCUCCACGCCCCCGCGGCCCCGGCGGCCGGGCCCCAGCCUCCGCGCGCCAUUCCUCCGGCUGCGCGUCCAGCCAGCCGCGCCUGGGCCAUGGCGGGCCUGGGGCCGCGACCCGCCAAGGGCUACCGGGUGGUGCUGCUCGGCAGCGUGGCCGUGGGCAAGACGGCGCUCGCCACGCAGUUCGCCUGCGGCAGCUUCCCCGAGCAGUGUGAGCCGUCGGUGGAGGAGCUCUUCAGCAAGGUGAUCGAGGUGAACGCGGCGCCCGCCCUGCUGGAGAUCGUGGACACGGUGGGCGCCGAGCACCUGGUCACCCUCAAGGACCUGUACAUCAAGAACAGCGACGGCUUCGUGGUGCUCUACAGCGUGUGCAGCGAGGCCUCGUUCGAGGCGGUGCGGCCGCUGCGGGAGCGCAUGGGCCGGCUGCGGGGGUCCAAGGCCGUGCCGCUGGUUCUCGUGGGCACCAAGGCCGACCUGGACGCCCAGCGCCAGGUGCUGACGGCGCGGGGCCGCGCGCUGGCCCGCGAGUGGCGGUGCCCGUUCCUGGAGGUCACGGCCAAGAGCAAACUCAUGGUAGACCAGGUGUUCACGCAGGUGGUGCGCGAGAUGGAGGCCCUGGCCCCGCCCGAGGAAGAGGUUCCGGCCGUCCCCACCAACGCGCAGGAGACGUGGCCAUCGGAAAGGUUCAUCGGCUGAUGUGCAAACGGUUCAUGAUUCCUGUAUUCAUCGCUUUUCUUGAUUUCUGAAGCUCACUUUACUCUUCUGCCUUUUUGAAGAAAGUUAUCCAGCUGUAAACAAGUGGUUGCUUCUAUGUAUUGACUCAGAUCCGGCGCUUCAGACUGUCCAGAGCUUCUUAAAUAUUUUGUUGAAAACUUUACCUCUGACAGUGCUGGAAGGAGAAAUUAAAAAUCGAUUUUCUUUUCUUGUAUGGAGAGAGUAUUACCCUUUUCUUCGAGUGGGGUUUGUUGCAGGAUUCUUUUUUUUUUCUUCUUUUUGGUCAUAAUUAACACCUUCAAAUGUCAUCUGACAUUUGACAUUGAUUGAGGAACAUGACCUAAAUCGAAGCUUUCCAAUCCAUGAGGCUUUCAUGUGUUCCCCUCUCAUUUACAGCCUUGAAUUGCAGCAGUAAUAUUUUCCUCUCUGCGUAUUUCUAAAUAUAGUUAUGACAUACAUAGCAUUGGUUUGAAAGGGAUGUUGUAUACCCUGGGAGGGGAAAAAUCAACUGUGUACUCAGGCAAAGACGGUUCAGCUCUGCCUUCAGUUUUGUAAUUGACAUCUAGUCGAUUUCUGCAUCUGUAAAUUAAGUGAAAAUAAAAUGACUCUAGAAGUUGAUAGUUUUUAAUAUUUGUCUUUCUAGAACCUAAAGCUACAAUUCCUAAAGUCUCCGUACACCAUACCUUUGCUUUUCAGUUAUUUUCCCGGACAAGUUAGUUGCUAGGGUGGAAGCGGCACCACAUCUUUUUGCGUUUUUGCAGAAGUGCUUUCUGCGGCUGGUGGUAUUUUCCCUGUCACUUGCCAGAGUCGGAUACGUUGUCUGAAUACCUGUCUAGCUUAACAGUGACAGGGGUGCUGAAGUAGAAGCAAAACGUGAAGAAUCUUUUUGUAUAGUUUUCACGUAACGAUA